UCUGGUUGGCUCGCGCGCAUCAGAUCAAAACAAAACAGGAGAGGUACCGUUAUUUUCAUUUGUGCAAUAUUUAUUUAGUGCCGUUGCAAUAGUUUUCGCGAUGUAAAAAGUCGCAUUGAUGUCGCCAAAUCGUACCAAUCGAUCCACAGGUGACAAAAUGCAACCAACUCAAAAGACUUGGUUGUUCAAAAUGCCUGAUGUCCGGCCGAGGCCCGGUAUCGGUCCGAUCGAUUUUGCAGUCGGGAAAAAAUGUUCCAGCAAUUCCCCACCCAAAAAUCCGUUUUGCAGGAAGCCAACGAAAGCCGUCGGGAAGAGAGGUACCGAUGAUGUUGCCAAGAGUUUAAUGGAUAUGGACGAUACGUUGCUGAAUGCGGUAGAUUUGGCAAACAUCGAGCAGUUGGCUGUUCCACACUGUUCCAAGGUGACGACACCUCCGGGAAGUAAAACAAUUCUGAGAGAGUCUCGCUUCCAGUCACCGGCAUCAUCUCCAAUACCAAAGAAAACAAAAACAUCGAAUGGUUUCAUUAUAUUAGAUAUGACCGUUUCAGCUUCAUCUGAUUCACCCGAGUUGAAUCGACAAAAAACUCCUGUCAGGAAACUUCCUAGUUACGCGCGUUCCGAGAAACCAAAAUCAAAUGUUGCCACUCCAACUCCACCCGUUGAUGCGGAAGACAAAUCUCGCCAGGCUUUGGACGAAAAAUCGUUGGAAGAGGCAUUAAAAAGUUUGGAACAAAGUACGGCGCUUGUUUCAAAAACGUUCACCUUGAACCGAGAAAACGGAGACAUGCUCUCCGAAGAGGAAGACGACCCGCUUCCAUGCUAUCAACAAUCAAACGAAGGCAUCUGUGCAAGCCAAAUGUUCAUGGAGGAGGCCAAUCGGAUGGGCCAAAAGAGUCUCACCCGGGUUGGAACGCCGCUGAAUUCGAACGACACCUAUUCGAUUGUGAAGAACAGCAGUCUCUGCUCGCAAUACAUCAGAAUGGCGCGGACGAUGGUGGAGGAGAACCACGCGAACAUUCUGGACGAUCAGGUCGAUACUCAGCUCGCGAGAAAUUACGAUUCAAGUCAGCAGCAACGGGAAGUAGAGCGGGUGUUUGCAGAAUGCGAGCGGACGCUAAUUGAUGUUAGUAAUAUAGAACUGCAGCCAAUUGAUGAAGCGGUCCCAAAUAUUGACGACAUUAACUGGGAAACGGACGUGACGAUUGCUGGAGGUGGCGGUGGCCAAAAAGAACCGGACAAUAGAAGCAUACUGAAUACUAUUUUCAAUAAACGAUCUUCACUUCCAACGGAUUCUAGUAAAAAGCGAACAAUAACGUCAUAUUUUCAGGACAGAGGGCCGUUUUUUGGUCUGCCUUCGAAGGUGAAACUUCUUUUGAAAAAUUACCGCAGAAUCGAGGAUAUGUAUGAUUGGCAGAAGGAAUGCCUCAGUUUACCAGCUAUCGGUGAGCGAAAUAAUCUCAUCUAUGCUCUGCCCACCAGCGGUGGGAAAACACUGGUGGCAGAGAUAAUCAUGUUCCGCGAGAUUCUCCUCCGCCAGCGAAACGCCAUGUUUAUCGUUCCGUAUGUCUCACUGGCGCAGGAAAAGCUAGAAGCGCUGUCACCAUUCGCGGUGGAACUGGGAUUCCUAGUGGAAGAAUACAGCGGUGGCAAGGGAAUGAUUCCUCCACGGAAGCGCAGAAACAAACGUUCGAUCUUCGUUUGCACUAUCGAAAAGGCACUGGUACUGCUGGACAGUUUGAUUGAAGCGGAACGGGCGAAUGAAAUCGGGCUGGUGGUGAUCGACGAGUUGCAUAUGAUCGGUGACGCGCCGAGAGGAGUCAAUUUGGAGAUAAUGAUUACUAAGAUUCAGGCGAUCGAAGCGGGCAUACAGAUUGUGGGGAUGAGUGCAACAAUAGGAAAUCUCAACGAGAUUGCUAAGUUCCUGUUGGCGGAUAUUUACUGCCGCGACUUUCGACCAGUGGAGUUGAAGGAAUACGUGAAGUGUGGAGAUGAAAUGUUGGAGAUCAACAGCAAAGCCGACAAAUUGGAGGAUGCUUUCAGUAAUAAGCGAGCGGUGGAUUUUGGCUACACGGAAGAGCAGCGGCGAAUCGAUCCGGAUCAUAUGAUAGGACUGGUGGUGGAAGUUAUACCGAACGCUUCGUGCCUUGUCUUCUGUCCAACCAAAAGGCAAUGCGAACAGCUGUGUGCGCUGUUAACCGAGUAUUUGCCAAGAGAGCUGCUGGAUUAUCGAGUCGAUGAGAAGGAGGAACUGAUAAACCAACUCCGAAGCGGGGGUUCCACGUCCGACUCUCUGCCGCAGGCAUUCCGUGUUGGCAUCGCCUACCAUCAUGCGGGGUUAACUUUCGACGAGAGGAAACUCAUCGAGGAUGCGUACCGGAUGGGAAUCAUCUCGCUUAUCAUCAGCACGUCCACCCUGGCGGCCGGGGUGAAUCUGCCGGCCAAACGAGUCAUCAUCCGGUCGCCUUUCAUCGCAACGAAUUUCCUCACGCUGAGUCGCUACAAGCAGAUGGUGGGUCGAGCUGGCAGGGCCGGUUUCGGCGAACACGGUGACAGUAUUUUGAUUUGCUCGCAAAAGGAUAUCCAAGCGGUGUGUGGUCUGCUCUGCUCGCCAAUGGACGAGGCAAAUUCCUCGCUCCAUACGGAGGAAUUUGUGUUUUUGAAAAACCUGGUACUCAGUACUAUUGGGCUGGGCAUAUGCACCAGUCGGAACGAUGUGCAGCGAUUCGUUACGAAGACACUGCUGGCAAUACAGGCCGAUCGACUUGGGGUGAAUCUGCGGAAGGCAACCGAUCAAGCGCUGAUGUCCUUGUACAAGGAGAACGCUAUCAAAACGAAAACUGAUGCUUGCCUGCGCAAUCCAGCGAACAUGACUAUUCAGAUCAACGAAGCGGAGGUAACUCAGGCGGAAAUUGAAUUGACAGGAAGCAAAAACGGAGUGAAAGAUUUGGUUGUGAUGCGUAUGACAGAUGGAUCCUCCCAGGCGGGAAAAUUAGUCAAGACGUUCAGUAAAAGUUCCCGGCUGGAGGUGAAUCGUCUCGGGAAAGCUGCAAUUCGGGCCGGGUUCCAUAUGGCGAAGGCGAUUAGAUUUUACGAUGAGAUGAAACGAAUCGGCGAAAGGUUAAACGUGCUCGACGAACUGCAUUUGCUGUACGUAAUUGUGUUGGACGAUGGCGGGGAGUUAAGACCGACCGUUAAUGAUUACAUCUCCUUUUUUAAUAAGCUGUCGAAAGAAGAUUAUAGAACAGCGAAAAGGUUCAACAUUGGAGAGUAUACAAUCUCGAAAAUUCUAAGCAACCGAACAGUACCUUCAGACAUGCUCCAAACGGUGCGACGGUUCUACCGAAUGCUGAUCGUGUACGACUUGUGGAAUCUGAAACCUCCCCAGGAGGUAGCACUCAAGUUUAAAGUGGACGCCGGUUCCAUCCAGACUCUGAUGACUAAUGCCGCCUCCACCGCAUCCAGCUUGCAUCGAUUUUGUGAGGAAAUCCAGGAGCUGUGGGCCUUCCACAAGCUACUGGCCACCAUGGUUCAACGCUUGUCCCAUUGCUGCACAGCAGAGCUGAUCCCGCUGAUGGAAUUGCCAGCGGUUAAAAUAGCUCGAGCACGACAGCUUUAUCGCGCCGGUUUCACUUCACUGACUUCGAUUGCCAAGGCGAAGUCCAGAGAUAUAGUGGAAUCACUCGAGAACAUAAGCUACCGGACGGCAAAUCAGUUGAUUUUGAGCGCUAAGGCAAAGCUAAUGGAAGAGGUCGAAGCACUGAAAGAUCAAGCUGCAGAAUAUAUGUUUCUUCUUAGUACACAAAACUGACGACAGAAACUAGCGUGAAGCGCUUUGCCAACAUACGCAUCGCCCGGUUCCCAUAAAUGAACACAUCUCCGGAUAGAUUAUUAUUUUGUCAAUUAAUUGUAUACUCUUUACUCUAAUUUAUUAUAAUAAUAAUGGCUUUAGAUUUACAUCUGAAGUUUGGAAAAUAAUUUAAAAUUGACAAACUUUGCUAAGGCACGAUCAGUGAUUAUA